UAACACAUUGGAUUGUGGGCGGAGUUUCAGGCGUCACGCCACAGCAGUCAUCGCUCACGCGCAGCACUGCGGAUACUGUGAGCCGACACAGCACGGGUUGUGAAAUUUGGUCCGUCUCAGAGCCGUGCAGCGGUCAUCAUGGCUCUCUAUGACUAUGUCACCCAAGAGCAACUCUCAGGUUUUGACAAGUAUAAGUACAGUGCAGUGGACUCCAACCCCCUCUCUAUCUACGUCAUGCACCCUUUCUGGAACUCAGUGGUAAAGGUUUUGCCUACAUGGAUUGCCCCAAACCUCAUCACGUUUACAGGGUUCAUGUUCCUGGUACUAACCUUCACCAUGCUGUCCUUCUUCGACUUUGACUUUUAUGCCUCAGGGCAAGGCUAUACACAUGUGCCAAGUUGGGUGUGGAUAGCUGCUGGUUUGUUCAACUUUCUGGCCUAUACCUUAGAUGGUGUGGAUGGAAAACAGGCUCGCAGAACAAACUCCAGCACUCCACUGGGUGAACUAUUUGACCACGGCCUGGACAGCUGGGCAUGCGUGUUCUUCGUCGCUACAGUGUACUCUGUCUUUGGACGUGGUGAUACGGGCGUCAGUGUGGUGACCCUGUAUUAUCUGUUAUGGGUUGUCCUGUUUUCCUUCAUACUGUCUCACUGGGAGAAGUACAACACUGGAAUUCUGUUCCUGCCCUGGGGCUACGACAUCAGUCAAGUGACUAUCUCUAUCGUGUACUUUAUAACAGCGCUGGUUGGCGUGGAAACCUGGUACCAACCUGUUGUUUGGAAUAUUUAUUACAGAGAUUUCUUCACUGUUAUGAUUGUCAGUUGUUUAUUUGUUGUAACAUUGCCAAUGAGCCUCUACAAUGUCUUUAAGGCGUACCGGAAUAACACCCUGAAGCACAGUUCGGUGUAUGAGGCCUUGUUGCCGUUUUUCUCUCCCGUCGUCUUGUUUGUGCUGUCUACACUGUGGAUCAGUUUUUCUCCUACAGACAUUGUCCAGCGGCAACCCAGAAUCUUUUAUCUCAUGGUGGGAACAGCCUUCUCCAACGUUACUUGCAAGCUCAUUGUAUGCCAGAUGAGCAAUACACGAUGCAAGCCAUUGAGUUUAUUGUUGUUGCCGAUGACAGCUGUGGUGUUGCUAGUGAUAUCUGGGGCUGUGCAGCAAAGUGAAACGGUUAUCCUUUACAUAUGGACCGCUGUAGUCCUCCUCACUCACAUACACUAUGGAGUAUCAGUGGUGAAGCAGCUGAGCGAUCAUUUUAACAUAUAUGCUUUCUCACUGAAGAAGCCCAAUUCGGACUGACAGGACGAGGAGAAAAUCGGCCUGAAGGCUGCUGAGGUCUAAGCUAUCUCAGUAUGCUCUUCAGCUAGCCGACUCUCACCAAUCACCAAGGAGACACAGCUAACACCAGGAAACCAAAUUGUACUGACCAAACGCGCCUUCUUAUUCCGAGGAUGCUGCUCAAUCAACAAGAGGGUGGAGCUGCACCACAGGGCCCACUAAUCCCUGAGGCAGAGCUGCACCAUGGGGCUCAUUGAGCCCUGAGGCAGAGCUGCACCACGGGGCCCACUGUGCCCAGGGGUGGAGCUGCACCAUAGGACAUAUUGGGCUCAGACACACAAUUACACAAUGGGACUCAGUAGCUCAGAAAUGCAGCUGUACAACAGGACCCACUGAGCCCAGGACCUACAGUGCCUCGACUUGCAGCAGUGUAACAGGGCCUAUUCCUCGCAGAAAGAACUGUAUUGUGUUGCUCGCUCUGAGCGGAAACAGUUUGGUUGUGUGGUAUCCGUGAAGCUGGGGAUUUCGCUUGUUUCCUAAGGAAAUGUGCUUUUCAGCUGAGAUACUAGGAGCCUUGAAUGGUUAAUCUCACUUAUACGCUCUCUCUUUCAGAUGAAUCACACUCACUCCCAACACACUCCAUCACAUGUAGCAAACCACAUGAUGAUGGACACACAUAGGAUGUGAUGAAUGUCUUUAGCUUAUUCAAUUUGAAGAUUUUAAUUGCAUUUAAUUUUGGCCUCAAUUGCUUAAUUUUGGGGGAAAUGUCUUUUAAAUUAUUUUCAGUGUCAUUAAAGCAAAAAGAGGCAUUACUGAAUUAUGUUUCUAUAACAGACAGUAUAAGAACACUGGGAAAACGGUCUAAUUUUCAGUUAAUAUUAAAGCUUAUUUAUAUGUGUGAGGGAACAGGGAUGUUAAUUGCUUAUUUAAAACUAUGGUGCUUUUGCUGAUCUCUACAACUAAAUAGAAUUGUAAUAAUGACAUAAGACAAAUUUAAACCACCUCAAAGAUGACUUGUUUGAAGACUUCACUCAAUUACAGUGAACACAAGCAAGUAGUUUAUUUAUAGUAUCACACGUGGCUCAAAUCACAACAUCUGACAGUUUGAACUUGAACUAUUUGGGAACUCUAUCUGGGAUAAGUUUUUGUUUUUGUUUCCUUUUUACAUUGGUGAUGGUGUGUCUGCCUGCCGAUUUUCAUUUUUUUUCCAGUUUUCUUUUUGUUUGCUCCACUAGUAAGCUUUUAUUGAGUUUAUUUGUGCUUGAAUGAAGAGUGCGCUUCAAACCCUGACCAGGAGAGGGUGCACUUGGAGUGAGCGAGUCAAACCUCGCUCCGUUCUUUAAACACGAUAAAAGCACUAGUCUGUGUGCCACCAACAUGUCCGUUAAACCUGCAAACUACAGGUGUCAUGGCCUGCGUCAAGCUCAUUCCAGCAUUCAGUCUUCUCUUUGUCCUCUCACUUUCCUUUACUUUGUCUGUGUACGUAUUUUGUUUGGUGGAAUGACGGUUUAUAUGAUGGUAAUAGGAAUUUUUUUAACCUUCACUAGGUGUCCGAAGUGUGCAUGAGCUGAAUGUAUGUGUGUAUGUAUGUAUGUAUGUCCAUAUAUAAUAUGGAUGAGUGUCUGUGUGUAUGUGCAUAUGUACUGUAUGUAUAUAUCUGUGCAUGUGUUUUACACAUAUGUACACUCUCACUCUGGAAACCUCAUGCCUCCAUACGUUCUGUUUCUAUGAGAUGAGAGCCAGUCAGCGAAACCAAGUGAUUAAUGUUUAAACAUGUACAGCCUGUCCAUGUUGCUAUAACAUUGUAUUGUUGUUGUUCAUCUUUUAUUUUUUUUAAUCUCCAUAAUACAGUGAGGUACAUAUUUCUUAUCCUCCAAACACCUCCCAUUUCACAUGAAUCAAGAAAUGACAUGGAUUACUUACAUAACCGAAUGUUAUAUCCAAAGCAAAUUCUGUAUUUGUUGUAAUGUCAAUAUCUAAAUACUGUCCAGUAACUUUUGCAAUAUAUUACUUGUUAAAGAACGGUUUGAUGAAGCUCAUUCCUAAGAGCACUCCUGCAAAUUUAGAUCUUUUUUUUUUUUUUUUAGACAGCAGAUGGCGCUUUUUUCUUUGCAUGUGGUAGAACUUUGACAUUCUUUGCAUAGUCUGAUGGUCAAAUUUACUUCACAAAUUGGCACAUUUGAAGUUAUUAGUGCAUGUAUUGUCAGAGGAGACUGCUGUCAGAGAGGCUGCUUGAUGCAUUAAUUUUGUUUCUUAUUUUCAUUUUUAAACUGUAUCCCUCUUAAAUGUGAUUGUUUUCGAGCUAUACAGGUGGCAGGAGUACUCUUCUGAAGUGCUGUAUAACUGCAUUCGUGUGAUGCUUUCGAGAACAAGCAAUUGUAUACAUUUUCUUUUUAAUCUAAAGUGGGAUAAAAACACUCAAACCUCUGCAUAGUGUAAAACAAAAUCCAGCCAUGUUGUAACAUUAUCUUGUUGUGCUGCCCCAUUAAAUGUAAGUGUAUCCACAGUA